UUUUAUAUUUGUCAUUUCUGCAUCAUUAUUCUCUGCCAUAUUUGUCAGGAUCUCCACUCUGGAAAAGAGCUUGUCGCUUUCUUGGUUCUUGUCGGUGUACUGGUAUUCUUGGGUAGUUUUGAACUCGCCAUGGGAGGGAUACCGUGGGUUAUAAUGUCAGAGAUAUUUUCAAUUAACAUAAAGGUUUCAGCUGGAAGCCUUGUUACCUUAGUGAGCUGGUUUGGUUCUUUGGCAAUUGCCUACACCUUUACCUUUCUAUUUGAGUGGAGCUCAGUAGGGACAUUUUUCGUAUUUGCUGGCAUCUGUGCGGCUGGAACUUUGUUCAUUGCAAAGCUUGUACCAGAGACUAAAGGACGCACGCUAGAAGAAAUACAAAAAUCCGUCACUAGCCGGCAGUAGUCUGUAAUAGAGAAUUCUGAGAACUCAUUACUGUUAAAUGAAAUAAAAUGUUGUAUCUACCCUGCUGUAUUUCUAUUGAAAUUUUUAUAUAAUUAUAUAAGUUGAUUGAAUCCCUUGAUUUCGUUUCUUACUAAAGAAUCUCGUCCGCCCAUCAUUGACUACUUCCUGCCGGCUCUCUAUCUCCGACCUCCUCGCCUCGAUCCUUUCUCUCUCGGCGCUCCGAUUUGGCGUAAAAUUUUCUGUUUCUUAUUUCAUGAUUGCUUUCUGAGUUCUGUUUUUCAUUGCUUUUGG